UUUUCCUUAAAAAAGAAAACGAAACGACAAAGGUUAGCGGUUUCCAGCACUUGAAACGCUCUGGUGUUCUCUCGUCUUGUCUUCUCUGCUUUCCAUCUCUCGCUGAUCUAAACUUCCUGCCUGUAUACAUUAACGGUCACUUUUUGCCAUUAAAAUAAAAAUAAAUACACUUCAGUCUACUUUACUACACACACCCACUUCUCCUCUCCAACUUCCAUAAACGGCUACAUUUCGUUCUCUCUCUAAAUUCUAAAGCCUUCAAAAAUUUUACUUCUUCACUCCCAAUUUUUAUUCUCUCACCUUUUCUUCUUCCAACUAAUGGCGGAAGGCUUCGAUCAUCGUCUGCUGAUUAUAGUCCCUCUCCUACUCGCCACCCACUGGCUCCCACUCUCCGCCGCCUCGAUCAAGGCUCAGAACGGCGUCGUUUCCAUGGAGCUCUGGUGCGUGGCCAAGAAUAACGCCGAGGACUCGGCCCUGCAAUCGGCUCUGGACUGGGCCUGUGGGCCUGGAGGCGCCGACUGUAGCCCAAUCCAGCAAGGCGGUCCCUGCUAUGACGUCUCUGAUGUACAGACCAUGGCCUCCUUCGCUUUCAACAAUUAUUAUCUCAAAAACGGCAUGACCGACGAUGCUUGCAACUUUGACAGCACCGCCGCCCUCACUUCCUUAAACCCCAGUCAUGAUAAAUGCAAAUUCCCAUCCAGCUUGGCGGUGAGCAAUGGAAGCCGAGCUAGUCCAUCAACAGCGGUGGGGUUGGGGCCUAGUGAAGACAUGAGUGGCUGCGACCCCGUGGCUCUGCAUUGGUUUUGGCCUCUUUUGGUAGGCAGUCUUUUGUUUUUUUGCACCACUUACUACUCAUAGCUUGAGAUUGAUCUUGUUAAGCCAAAUAUUAGUUAGCAUAAGAGAAAAGCAAAGGCUUUUCAUAUUCUAGGGUCCUCCUAUUGAGGCAUGUUUUGUCUUUUAAGUUUAGGUUUAGUUUUGAUCUUGGGAUACUUCCCCUACUUCUGGUAUCUGUUUCAACUUUGUAGAACUUAGUUGACAUUAUGAUUAUUAAUCUAAAGGUAUUCAUAUUUGUCCUCAGAGGAGAGCUAAGAAACUCUCUUUCAGACUCUUAA